UUGAAUGAAAGGUUUAUUUACAUUACAAUGAAGUAAGAUCAUGCUUUUGCACAGGUGAUUCCAUGCUGUUCAAAUGUGGGCAGUUUUCAUUUACUAAUUUGCAAGCUCAAUUUCAAUUUCAAAUAAAAAAUGAGUCCUCAUACAACAAAAAAUGAUGAUUGUGCAACUAAAAAAAAAUCUAAAAACAAUGUGUUGAAAGUAAAAAAGCAGACAACAGGCACCAAGAAAUUUGUUACUAGAGAAGUUCUUCGCAAAAAUCUUAGAAAAUUAAAGAAACAGAAGAAAAACAAAAAACACGCAUUUCCAGGAACCCAGGAUAUAAUUGAUAGUCAAGAUGGAAAUGAUACUUUCAAAGAAGUUGAGAAGUUACCUUGCCAAACCCAACUUCCCAAAAAGAGUAAAGCCGUAAAAGACAAAAAUGCAGAAAGCAGCAAAAAGAAAGAAACAUUUGACCAACAGAGCAUGAAGCAGAGAACAAAGCAGCUCCAAAUAGCCAACAAACUUGAAGAGAAAAAUAUUAAGAAAAUUGAAAAACAAUUGAAAUUAAACAAGCGGAAGUCUAAGGGUGUACCCAAAUCGUUUGUAGAUGAUGGACUUGAUUUUCUCCUUGAAGUAUGUGACCCUGAUUAUAGAAGUAAAUUGGCUAAAGAAGAAUUUGACUUUGCUGAUAAUGAUGCCGGUUUUGAAGAAGAUUUGGCCUUACUCAAUUCAAAAAGUGAUGUAAAGAAUAAUAAGAAGGAAAAAAAUCCAAAAGAAGUUAAAGUGAAAAAAACGUUAUUAAGUAAAGGUACAAGUGAUACUUCAUCGAACUCGGAAGAUAGUGACUCAAGUUGUGACAUGAAUGAAGAUCAUGCUGAAAGUAUCGCCAGUGAAAGUGACGGUCAUUCAGAAAAUGAAGACAUUCAAGAAAAUUCAUGCACUGACAUUAGAACUUCAAAGGACGAAAAAAUGGAAACCUAUCAAGAAGAUAUAUAUGGUCGUUUGCGUGACAAAAAAGGAAAUUUGAUCACCGAGCAAACAGUCGAGCAAGUCAAAUAUGUUCCGCCAGGAAAACGUUUGGCUACGUCCGAUGAAUUUGAUGCUGACAUUCAAAAAUUAAAACGCCAAAUGAAAGGAUUGCUUAACCGACUUGCUGAAACUAAUCUACCAAGCAUAGUUUCUGCGAUUGAAAAACUGUACCUAAGCCAUUCAAGGCAUAAUAUGCAAGAAGCUAUACACACACUUGUUAUGGACUCUUUGGUGGGCGAAGUUCUCUCUCCUGAACGUCUCAUAAUGGAGCACUGUGUUUUAAUUGCAGCGCUUCAUGCUAACGUAGGUACUGAAGUUGGGGCUCAAUUUCUGGAGCUCGUUGUUCGAAAAUUUGACGCAUCUUAUAAAACGGAGUCUCAAACGAAAGAAUUGGAUAACAUGAUCUUAAUCCUUUGCCAUAUGUAUAACUUUGGCCUUGUAGCUGCCCCACUUUUAAAGGAUAUUCUUCACAUGCUUGCCGAAAAAUUCGAAGAAAAGGACAUUGAACUUAUUCUAAUUGUUCUAAGAACGGUUGGAUUCGCAUUGAGGAAAGAUGAUCCUGUGUCUCUGAAGGAAAUCAUUUUUGUUCUUCAGACCAAAGCUGGACAAGCAACUGAACAGCCGGCCAGGAUUCGUUUCAUGUUGGAAAUUCUUCUUGCCAUCCGAAAUAACAAUAUGACCAAAAUACCGAAUUAUGAUCCUAGUCACACAGAACACCUGCGCAAAUUACUGCGCUCUCUGACUAAGAAAGGAGAUGCGCUAAGCAAGUUAAAUAUAACUUAUUCUGAAUUGUUGGCUGCAAACAACCGAGGAAGGUGGUGGAUUGUAGGUUCAGCAUGGGUGGGCCAAGGUCCUACAGCAACGACUUCACAAGCUAAACAGGUAUCUUCCAACUCGGAUGAACCUGAGUACAGUGUUGAAUUACUUGAAAUGGCACGGAAGCAGAGAAUGAACACUGAGGUCCGACGCAACAUUUUCUGUAUCCUGAUGACAGCAGAAGAUUUUGUUGAAGCUUUCGAGAGACUUAUGCGAUUGGGAUUGAAAAGCCAGCAAGAACGAGAAAUUGUGCAUGUGAUCAUGGAUUGCUGCCUGCAAGAAAAAAGCUUCAAUCCGUACUACGCUCAUCUGUUACAAAAGCUUUGCAACUUUCAUCGGCGAUUUCAGAUUGCUUCGCAAUUUGCUUUGUGGGACCAUUUUAAGGAUCUAUCAUCACAGUCUCAAUUGCAGAUUAGUCAUUUAUCAAAAUUAAUUGUGCAUUUGACUGUAGAAGGCUCUCUAAGCAUCUCCGUUCUUAAAGUAAUUCAAUUUUCGGAAAUGGAUCGUUUACUAGUGCGCUUUCUACGACAGAUUUUGCUUGGAUUACUUCUUAAUCCAUCGGAAAAUGCAGUUAAAUCGGUGUUCGCUAGCAUCGGUUCAUCUAAAUAUGGUCUCCUCAGAGAAGGACUGCUUCUUUUUAUGCACCAUUUUUUAAUGAAAAAUAUGGAAAAAAUGGAUGAGAACGAUGCUGAAAUGUUGAGAAGUCGGAUUCAAAUGGUUCAGGAAAACUUUCUAUGACCUUGGAAACAAAUAUGAAUACAAUCAUGAAUCUACUUUU